GUCAACUAUAUAAAUAAUCUCAUUGAAAGUUCUGUAGACUAUGUAUUUGUAUAAGAAUGUUACAAUCUGAAAAAGCCAACAUCAAAACCUCCAAUGACGUGAUGUGGGGCAUAUACAAAACGGAGAAAAUAGACGCCGAUGCACGGAGUAUCCGAGAAUUGAGAUACCUAUCCCGUGCGGGCAGAACUUCGGUAACUAACAGAAAAAUUUGGAGUUCGGCUUCGAAGGUUUUAUCUUUUUAUCUUUUUAUCGUGCUGCGGUAAUCGAGCAGGGUCAAGCUCUAGGGUGUGCUUUAAAUUUUCCCACCAGCUGUUAUUCAAUCUUCUCCGUCCCUUCUUUUCAACGGCAACGGAGGAGUCUCUGGUCUAUAGCCCGUCCCGCGUCCCGGUGUGCAAAGUUUGGGAUCCGUAAUACGCAUCGACGACGACGACGAUAAUUACCUAAAGUCAUAAGUUGCUUGACCUGCGCAAUACGCAAUACGCAAUACGCAAUACGCAAUAAGAUCGGCAACCCGACGUCAUGUUGUCUAGAGCCCUCGCGCACUCUGCGCGAUUACCAGCGCUCUCAAGAUCAGCCAUAGCAGCUCCAAUAUUUUCCAGAGUUUCUAGCAGAGCAAUUCCAAUCAGCCGGACAACUCCGAUAUGGGUGCGAGGUAUGGCUGAGGACCGAUCUCAAAAAGAGCCACCACCAAGUACGAAUUCAAACCCUCAGUCCACUCCCAACCAACCUUCGCCGGGCGCUGCUCAGUCGCAACCUGCGCAACCUUCUGAAGGCGCCGAGCCCGACCCCCCUACUCCUAAACCCGACCUAAACUCCCUUCCCGAUCUCACGCAAGGUAUUCCGUCAACUCUCGAGUAUGAGACGAGCGGCGCUACCGACAAGUCGGCGCUUACAGCCAUCGAGGAGACGCCUGAAACCCACGCUGGCGGCCGUGGUCGUGGAGAGUUACCUGCGUCUGCGUACGUAAGCUCAACAGAGAAGCGAAGGGUCAAGGUAGCUAAUCGCAUGUACGCCGCGUCUCUCGCACUGGGCAUUGUUCUCUUGGGUUAUCUGGGUCGAGACUGGGACGAGGAGGAAGCUAAAAUGCAUACCGAUAUCCCCAACGGCUGGUCGCUUGGGCUAUGGUGGAAGAGAAUGAUGGCUCGAUUUGGUGACGUUACAAGUUAUUAUAGCGAACCCGCCUUCGAGAAGCUAUUACCCGACCCCGAUCCCAUGUUCGAACGACCUUACACGCUCUGCAUUAGCCUUGAGGAUAUGUUGGUACAUAGCGAGUGGACGCGAGAACAUGGCUGGAGAAUUGCAAAGCGCCCUGGCGUGGAUUACUUCCUACACUAUCUCAGCCAGUACUACGAGCUGGUGCUGUUUACGAGCGUUCCUUUCGCUAUUGGAGAACCUAUAGUUCGAAAACUAGAUCCUUUCCGAUUCAUCAUAUGGCCCUUAUUUAGAGAAGCCACCAAAUAUAAAGACGGAGAGAUUGUUAAGGAUUUAUCCUACUUAAACCGCGACCUCUCUAAAGUCAUUAUAAUCGAUACGCACCCUGAGCACGUUCGGGACCAACCCGAUAAUGCGAUUAUACUUCCACCGUGGAAAGGAGAUCCGAAGGACAGGGAACUUGUGGGAUUAGUUCCGUUCCUAGAGUAUAUUCACACUAUGCAAUAUAAGGAUGUACGCGAGGUUCUUAAGUCCUUCAAGGGCAAGCAUAUCCCAACCGAGUUUGCGCGCCGAGAGGCGAUAGCGCGUGCUGAGUUCCAGAAGCGGUACGACACCGAGAAGAGGAAGCGGAAGAGUGGGAUAGGCGCUCUGGGAAAUAUGCUCGGGCUAAAACCGAGUAACAUGAGCCUCAUGGUCCCUCCAGAAGGCGAAAUUAGCCCGAGCGAAGCCUUUGCGCAAGGCAAGAUGCUACAGGAUAUCGCGCGGGAGAGGGGUCGACGCAACUACGAAAUGAUGGAAGAACAGAUCCGCGAGAACGGCGAGAAGUGGCUCAAGGAGGAACAAAUGGCAAAUGAGAAGCUCCAAGCCGAAGCUAUGAGCAGCAUGAAGUCGUCUUUUACAAAUUGGUUCCUACCCGCGAAAGAGUCGGCAAAUUCUACGGAACCUAAGAAAGAGGCGUAGAAGAGUUAGGAAUGAAUGUAAUCUACGAAAAAAAAAAUGUAUGAUAUGGAGAACGCUCAUUGGGGGGCGUCGAAUUGGUUGCAUCAAGGUCGUAUAAGAGGACUAUGAGAACAGCUACUGCUACCACCAUUACCACCAUAUUACCCCGGAACGAAACUCUACUCUAAAGCGGCGGCAUCACAUUUGCAUGGGACGGAUUGUAUCAAGAUAUGGGAAAGUCUACUACAGCUACGAGUAAAGAACAAGGUGCUCAUGUCAUAUCCGGGGGUGUCCCCGGAGGAAAAGGGGGACGCCUCGGAGAAGGAGAGAAAGACGAGGGAUACACGCCGAGAUAAAGCCUAAUCUCUGUAUUAUUGUAGUAUAAGUGAGCGACACGAGGCUUGCCUGCCCGGCCUCAGAUUGCGGUGUAUAGAAUCCAUCCAGCAGCUUCGAAAGAAUCUUCCAAGAGGACAUGUCGUCAUCAUGUGAUGUUGUGAUAAUAAAUAUUUUGUGUCGUGUCGUUUGUUUGUUUGUGUUGCGGUCACCCCUUAUUACCGAAAU